GUUGAUUAAUAUUUAUUGAAAAUGGUAAAGAGACAAUAAAUAUUGCAAUUAAGAAAACUAUCAAGUUAAAGUUUAGGGUUAUUGCAGAAUUAGUUAAUAAAAUGGCAAGAAUCACUCGAAUUGCCAUGGACCUUACUCUAGUUUCUCUGAGAAAAAUUGGUCCAGUCAUAUCCAGAGCUUGGAAUGCCACAAAAACAUUCGUAGCGACUACCCCAGCAAAACCAAUAUUUUUCAACGGAUUUGUCAUGAAAACAGAAACAAUUAUAGAUACAACCUCAGACAAAGUGGUCGCUAAAAUGGUAGAGUUUCGUAAUAAUUUGUUGCCUUUAGAACUCAAAUACCUCGAGAAAGAAUUAGAAAAAGUUAAGAGAGAAGUAGAAAUGAUGGCAACUGAGGAACAUAAGGACACUCAUAAAGUUAAAUAUAUUUGUAAAACUAAAGAUAAGAAUGAUGGAAAUGAUGAUCAUCAAUAAAAUAGAUCUUACAUUAAAAUUCAAUCAACAAAUGCUAAUUUUGGUAGAGCAUGAUUCUGAGUAUGUUCCACUUGUUUUAGCAAAAAUCAAGUCAUUAAAACCAGCAAUAGGUAUAGCUUGGCAAUAUUUUAAAAUAGAAGCAGCUCCACCUUUGACAAUUGAACUUCUUGAUAGCCCGAAAGCAAAAAACUUUGAAGACGUUAUUUCUGGAAAGACUGAUAAUUUGAUUAAAGCCAUUGAAAGUCAGAUCAAACAAGCAGAAAAUGAGGAACAAAGACAGAAAGAAGAAAGAGAAAAGGAGAAAAACUUAAGAUUAAAGCUUGCUGAUAAGAUUGAAAAAGAAGAUUUUAAGGCAAUCUAUAAAACAGAAAACAAAGAUUUAAACGUUAAGGGCGAUGGAAAACUUCAAUCAUCAAAGCAGCAAUCAAAUAUUGCUACAGCCGCUGAAGAAACUAAAAAUAGUAUUCCUGUUCCUAAAUCUGCAGAGAAAUCCGUUCUAGAUGUAAAAAAGAAGAAAUUAGAAACAACCAAAAAAUAAAAAUUCAACAAGAUAAUAACUUUUUAGAAGCUUUCCUUUUAUUAUUUGAUACAUUUAAACACAAUAAUAUCAGUGUUAUUCGAAAAUUAAUUCAUUUUCUGUCGAAGCCAAGGAAACCACAAUCUAGCUUUACGAAAAUUGACAUGUUUUGUUAAUUAGAAUUAGAAAUGCUUAGAUUUAAUUAAGAAUUUACAUACUUGUCGUUAU